AUCCUCGAGGAUGAGGAUGGGCAAGGGCAUGGGAAGGCAGGAGGAUGUCUGGCUCUGCCUGUUUUCCUUCCCCAGGAGAAAGGAAAAUUCUCAUGAUCAUAGUCUUGGUUUGGAAAGUUGUUGGUUUGGAGGAUAAUGAGGAGACAGGAAAAGAUGUUGAUGUGUCCUGCCCAGACUCCAGCAGUGGGAGCUGGGGACUGUGGACCUCUGGGGCUGUCUGUCCCCAGCCAGGGAGGUUUCAUCUGAACCUCCUCCCUUGUGCAAUGGGGAUUUUGGGUUUUCAUUGUGGCUUUCCACCGGGGUCUUGCUCCAUCCCCAUCCCCAUCAGUGCAGUCAUCAAACCCAGGUCUGAUCCCAUCCCACAUCUCUCACCUUUCUGUCCUCAAGGCUUCAGAAUCAGGUAGCAGAGCCAUGCAAACAUUUUGGGCACUCAGGCCUCCAGAAUUCAUUCUCACCUUUCUCUCUCCAGCUCCCCACCAUCACCCAGAGCCCCUUGGGAAGAUGCCAGGGCUGAUUAACUGGGUGACCCUCUCCCGGCUGCCCCUCAUCGCGUCCGAGGUGACAUCCUGCGUCAGCGGCUACGCCUUUGGGAUGACAGCCCUGCUCACCUACCACAACCCAGACCCCCAGGCUUUGGAAGGUCUCUUUGUGUACCCCUUGGACGAGGGCACGACUGUGGUGGGCUUCGAGGCGGCCGUGUCCCGGCGCACCGUGACAGUGCAGAUCAGAGACAAAGCCAAGAUAGAUGACACCUACUUGGACAGCUGCAGCCUCCCUCCUGGAAGAGCUGCUGAUGGAAGUGGAAGGAUUAUGAUGGAUGAGGACCUGGAGAGGAUUGUUUUUGUGGCCAACCUGGGCACGAUUCCUCCCCUGGAAAGUGUCUCCAUCUUCAUCAGCACCUCCUCUGAGCUUCAGACACUGCCCAGCGGGGUUGUGAGGGUCCUUCUGCCAGCUGUGUGUGUCCCCAGGGUCCCCCAGCCCAGCCUGGAGAACACCAGCAGCUUUUCCAGCCACCAGCUCCGAACGGACAAGCACCUCUGCGGAUCGGGGAGCCCAGAGCGAGGGAGCAGGUUCUGCCUGGCUCAGCUGCUGGAGAGUGAGGCCACCAACCCCUUUGAGUACGAGUUCAGCUUCCACCUGGAGAUCCGGGGGCCGUGUUUGCUGGCAGGAGUUGAGAGCCCCACACACGAGAUCCGAGCUGACGCCGACCCCUCGGCUCGCUCUGCCAGGAGCAUCGUGAUCACGCUGGCCAACAAACACACCUUCGACAGACCCGUGGAGAUCCUGAUCCAUCCAAGUGAGCCCCACAUGCCCCACAUCUUAAUGGAAGAGGGUGACAUGACCCCUGCAGAGUACGAGCGACACCUGAAGGGGAAGAACGAUUUCAUUAAAGGCACUAAGAAAGACCCCAGUGCCAAGAAAAAGACGGAAAUCAUCAGGAAGAGGCUGAACAAGGACAUCCCACACCACCCUGUCAUCAUGCUCAACUUCUGCCCUGACUUGAGGGCUGUGCAGCCAGGCCUCCGGAAAGGCCAGGGAGAGUUUAUCUUCCUGCUGGACCGCAGCAGCAGCAUGAGUGCUGUGAGCAUCAACCGUGCCAAGGAUGCCCUGUUGGUCAUUCUCAAGAGCCUGAUGCCAGCGUGCCUCUUCAACAUCAUUGGGUUUGGAUCCACCUUCAAGACCCUUUUUCCUGUCAGCCAGGCCUACUGUGAGGAGAGCCUGGCCAUGGCCUGCCAGAGCAUCAGGAGGAUCCAGGCUGAUAUGGGCAGCACCAACCUCUUCUCCCCACUGAAGUGGCUCAGCCGCCAGCCCAUCCACAGGGGCCACCCCCGGCUGCUCUUCCUGCUGACAGCCGGGGCCAUCAGCAACACGGGGAAGGUUCUGGAGCUGCUGAGGGACCACUCCUGCUCCACCAGGUGCUACAGCUUCGGUGUUGGGCCAAAGGCCUGCAGGAGGCUGGUGCAGGGCCUGGCUGCCGUGUCCAGGGGCGUCUCCGAGUUCCUGGCGGAGGGAGAGAGGCUGCAGCCCAAGAUGAUCAGCUCGCUGAAGAAGGCGAUGGCCCCGGUCCUGAGCGACGUGUCCGUGGAGUGGGUCUUUCCUGAGAGCACCGAGGCCUUGGUGUCCCCUGUCAGCAGCAGCUGCCUGUUCCCUGGUGACCGCCUGCUCAGCUACGGGGUCAUCUGUGACACCUCCCCGUACAUCUCCAACCCCAGAUCUGACAAGAGGCGGCGGUACAGCAUGAUGCAUUCCCAGGAGUCGGGCAGCUCUGUUUUCUUUCACUCCCAGGAGGAGGGAGCAGGCUUGGAGAGCUGGAAUCACUCCAGAGACUCGGAGGGCUCCUGCCCCGCCGAGCGCUCCCCCGACCAGCUGGGCGUGGGCAGAGAUCCUGGGGGAGAGUCGGACACGGACACGGGAAGGGAUGUGAAGGCUCUGGCCAGGAGACGGGCGUACAGCACCACCCAAAUCUCCGAUGGUGAGCCUCGCAGGAAGGCACCCACAGCCAGCGACCCUGGCACUGCCCUGGUGAAAAACCCCCUCCGAAAAACCCCCCUGCAGGACCUGCAGCAGCUCAGCCCCGAGCCCUGGCAGCUGCAUUUCCAGGUAGGUGAAAUUCCCAGGGUCCUUCCCAGAGAGGCUUUGCCCGCAGGGGGAAGCCAGAGAGGAGAAGCAGGAAAAUAUCAGGUGGAUAAGGGACUGAGGGAAAGGGCCUGACUCACACUAGUCCUAAAAU